AUGCAUCUCUACAACCUCUCUCUCGUUCCGCCCAGCAACAUCACAGCUGCUGUGGUGGGACAAUUUUCCGGCACAAGGACGCAAGAGAUUGUGGUCUGUAGGGGCGGCAGCAGGCUGGAGCUCCUGAGACCAGACACGAGCAGCGGAAGGAGCGUGAGCUUGGCUGAGCAGGAAUGCUUCGGCAUCGUGCGCAGCUUGGCCAGCUUCAGGCUGACUGGCGGUAGCAAAGGUGAGUGUAUGCUUGGGUGGGCUGUAUGCUUGGACGAUGCGGCUGGGUUCUUGUCUUUGCUAACGCUUCGUCCUUCCGCAUAGACUAUCUCAUCGUCGGUUCUGAUUCGGGUCGCAUAGCUCUGCUGGAAUUGGACAUCAAGACGCUUCAAUUCGUGCAGGUGCACUGCGAAACAUUCGGAAGAUCAGGUUCCCGCCGCAUAGUGCCCGGCCAGUAUCUGGCGGUGGAUCCCAAGGGCCGAGCGGUGAUGAUUGGCGCCCUGGAGAAGGCCAAGCUGGUGUACAUCCUCAAUCGGGACGCAGCUGCCAACCUGACCAUCAGCAGUCCACUCGAGGCGCACAGGAAUAGCGCGAUCAUCCAUGCGCUCAUCGGUGUGGACGUGGGCUACGAGAAUCCAGUAUUUGCGGCGCUGGAAAUUGGCUACGAAGAAGCCGAUCGGGAUGCCUCAGGCGCUGCUUAUGAAAGUACUGAAAAGGUGAGCGGCGAGAUGUGGCUGUUGUGCUUGCUUCAUUCAUGGAAAAUCCUCGUUGACUGCUGAUCCGCCCUGCCGCAGCUCUUUACAUACUACGAGCUCGACUUGGGCCUGAAUCACGUGGUCCGAAGGUGGACCUCGCCAGUCUCUCACACCGCAUCGCAUCUCAUCGCUGUGCCUGGUGGCUACAAUCAAACGUCGGAGAGGUGGGAGGGUCCGAGCGGAGUGUUGGUCUGCUCCGAGGACUACAUCUCCUACAAGCACAGCGUCGGGGAGGAGCAUCGUAUCCCGAUACCAAAGCGAUUGAACCCCGUCAAUGCGGAACAGCGCGGCAGCAUCAUCGUUGCGAGUGUGUGUCACAGGAUGAAAGUGAGUGGACAUCGGCGGUGCGUGGACAGCUCACGAGCGCGGCUCGCGGACUGACCUUAUUUGGCUGCGCCAUGCAGACCGGCUUCUUCUUCCUGGUACAAAACGAGGAUGGAGAUCUCUUCAAGAUCACGAUUGAGCACGACGGGGAAGACAUGCAGGCGCUCAAAAUCAAGUACUUCGACACGGUGCCAGUUGCCGCAUCGCUGGUCAUUCUGCGAGCAGGUCUCCUCUUUGUGGCAUCGGAGAGUGGUCCAAGCUACAUUUACUCGUUCCAGAAGCUCGGAGACGACGACGAUCUGCCCGAGUACUCCAGCGUGGACUAUGACUCUCUUGGCGCAGGAGACGAGGCACCAGAGGUUCCAACCUUCAUCCCGAGACCGCUCGAGAAUCUCAUGCAAACGGACGAGAUCUCAGCUCUGGACCCUAUCUUGGACGCCAAGGUGCUCAACCCGCUCAUGACGGACUCGCCUCAGAUCAUUGCUGCUUGUGGUAGGGGACCGCGAAGCUCGUUCAAGAUGCUGCAGUACGGUCUCGAGGUGCAAGAAGCGAUUAGCUCGGAUUUGCCAGGAGUGCCAGGCGCGGUCUGGACGACCAAACUAAAAGCUGAGGAUCAGUACGAUGCCUACAUCAUCUUGUCCUUCGUCAACGGUACGCUCGUUCUCUCAAUCGGCGAAACCAUCGAGGAAGUGAGUGACUCCGGAUUCUUGACCUCCGCACCCACCUUGGCUGUACAGCAACUGGGCACCGAUGCACUCCUCCAAGUCCACCCUGGAGGCAUCAGGCACGUCAUGAUUGACAAGCAAGUCACGGAGUGGGAAACCCCCGCAGCUCCGAAUGGCCGGCCCACCCAGAUCGUCGCGGCUGCUACGAACCAGAGGCAGGUGGUGUUGGCGUUGGCGCCGACCAACGAGCUGGUGUACUUUGAGCUUGACAUGGAUGGUCAGCUGAACGAGUAUCAAGAAAGGAAGAGCGUCGGCGCAAGAGUUUUAACGCUGAGCAUUGCGGACGUGCCGGAAGGAAGGCAAAGAACACCUUACCUGGCUGUGGGGUGUGACGAUCAGACUGUGCGCGUCGUCUCUUUGGACCCGGACAGCACGCUUGCAAGCAUCUCGAUCCAGGCUUUGACUGCGCCGGCGAGCAGCAUCUGUAUCGCAGAGAUGGAAGAUUCCGUCAUCGACAGGAAUCACGCCACUCUCUUUGUCAAUAUCGGAUUGUCUAACGGUGUGCUACUUCGGACGGUGCUGGACCCUAUCUCUGGCCAAUUGACUGAUACAAGAACACGAUUCCUGGGUGCCAAGCCAGUUCGGCUGGUCCGAGUCAAGCUUCACGGUACUCAGACUGCCGUGCUAGCGCUCAGCUCCCGAUCUUGGCUCUCGUACACACAUCAGGGUCGGUCGCACUUCACCCCUCUAAUCUUCGAAGCGCUCGAUCAUGCCUGGUCUUUCUCUGCUGAAAUGUGCCCGCAAGGCCUCAUCGGUAUCAUUUCUGGCAGUUUGCGGAUCUUUACAAUCCCAACGCUGGGCACCAAGCUCAAAACGGAUACCCUGCCCUUGAGCUACACCCCUCGCCGGUUCGUGAAUCAUCCAAGCAGAACCACUUUGUUCUACGUGGUCGAAGCGGAUCAUCGCACACUGUCACCAUGGGCUCAGGAGCAGAGGUUAGCGGCAAGCGGUUCGUCAAGCAGAAAGGUCAAAAGGGGCGUCAUUGAUCUUCCAGCCGCCGAGUUCGGCCCUGUGCGAGGUGAAGCAGGGCAAUGGAGCAGCUGCAUUCGGGUCGUCGAUGUGGAAGGGUUCAAGACGACAUUCCAGCUCGAUUUGGAGGGUAACGAAGCAGCCUUCAGCGCCGCUUUGGUUCCCUUUGGAGCUGCAGAACCCUACUUGGUUGUUGGCAGCGGUGUCGACGUCCACGUCAGUCCUCGCUCUGUGGGUCAAGCCUAUCUGAGCGUCUAUAAGCUCAUUGACGACGGCAGAGGCUUGGAAUUACUGCAGAAGACUGAGGUGGACGACAUUCCACUUGCGCUCAAGUCGUUUGGCGGUAGGCUUCUCGCGGGCGUGGGCAAAGCUCUGCGCAUAUAUGACCUCGGCAAGAAGAAGCUUUUGCGCAAGUGCGAGAAUAAGGUGAGUUGGACCUGCUCGUGGGAUCGCGCUUCAAGGCUGGUGCUGAAUGUCAGCUUCAUCCCUGCAGAACUUCUCCACCUCGAUCGUGUCGCUCGAGACUCAAGGCUCUCGCAUUAUCGUCAGCGAUCAGGCGGAGUCUGUCUUCUACGCCACCUACAAGCCCGCAGAAAAUCGCUUGCUCAUCUUUGCGGACGAUACAGUGCCACGGUGGAUGACAGUCACUCAACUACUCGAUUACGAUACUGUUGCGGGCGCGGACAAGUUUGGCAAUGUUUUCAUUUCAAGGAUAGACGCCGACAUCAGCAAGUCCGUGGAUGAAGAUGCCUCGGGUCUGACAGUGCUCCACGAGAAGCCAUAUCUGCAAGGCGCGCCUCACAAGAGCCAGCUUGUGGCGCACUACCACCUGAACGAGAUCAUCACUAGCUUGACCAAGGUUAGUCUUGUGCCUGGAGGAAGGGAAGUCAUCCUCUACACUGGUCUUGGGGGCACGAUCGGCGCUCUGAUACCCUUUGUAGCGAAAGAGGAUGUCGAUACUCUUAGCACGCUCGAGAUGCACCUCAGACAAGAGGCCACAUCUAGCGUAGUAGGCAGGGACCACCUGGCGUACAGAGGUUACUAUGCGCCCGUGAAAGGCGUGGUGGAUGGCGACCUAUGCGAGACUUAUGGUUUGCUGUCCCCGCCCAAACAACGGGCUAUUGCCGAAGAGCUUGAUCGCACGCCGGCAGAGGUGAACAAAAAGCUAGAGAGUAUGAGGACCACUUCUGCAUUCUGA